AUGGCAAAUAUUAAUAAUAAUGAAGGAGAAUCAUUACAAAUUGCAUUAGAAAUAUCAUUUAAAAAUCCAUCAUUAUUUCCAUUUCGAUUAAUAGGAGAUAAAGCAAAUGGGGUUUUUGUAACGUGUUUAACUGAUGAGGGAUCCUAUCUUAAAAAUGGUGAUAUUUUUUUGUAUUGUGAAAAUAUUAAAUUAUCUGGAUUAUCAUGUAAUCAAGUUUACUCUGUUAUCAAAUAUUUUUCCCUUAAGAAUGAUGGUAUCAUAAAUAUUAUAAUAUGGAGAAAUAAUAGUAAAAAUUUUGAAAGUCGUAUGAAAAAGCAUUGGACAGUGAAUGAAGGAUUAAAUCUACUUAACACUCAAUUUACCACUAAACAAAGCUAUCAUCAUUAUAAUGACAAAAACGAGAAUAAGGAAGAUGAAAAUAAAGAAGAGGAGUUGUUAAUGGUGAUGAAGAAUAUCAACAAUGAAAAUAAUAAUAACAAUUAUGAUGACAAAGUGUUAUUUGACAAUAAUUUUUUAUUUUAUCAACAAUUUAAUUAUGAUAAUAAAAUUAAUAAUAUUUUUGAUAAUAAUACUAAAUCAAUAGAUAUUAUGUUUGAAAAAAAACAACAACUCAAAGUUCACAGUUAUUUAGUAGUUUUUGAUGAGGCAAAGUGCAAAACAACAACAAUUCUUCAAUCUAAAAAGAAGUAUUUUUCUGAUUUAUUUAAUAAAGCUUAUUCUCAAUAUACUGGGCAUUGGAUAUGUCCAACAUGUAAAUAUCACGUUCGUUCGAGACGAUUACAUACAAUUAAGCAUGAUUGGAUAUCAAGUGCCAAAAGACUAUUACCACAUUCAGCAUCCAAUUUCUUUGAAUUACAACGCUUCAAUGAUAAAGAAGAUAAUGAGGAGGUGGAUGAUGAUGGUAAUGAAGAUGACAAUAUAAGAAGUUAUGAAGAAUAUUCUUCACUUUUAUAA